UAACACUCCCUCGUCUACAACGAAGAGUCUUUAGAAUUUCUCAACAUGCUAUCAUCGUUUGCAAGUUCAUUGUGGAAAAAAUGAUCCAUCUUUAUUUUUGAACUCAACUUUCUCUCCAUCCAUUGACACUAUCCACUCACAACUCUCUGACUCCAUCCUUCAUAUGUGCAUCUGGUUCCAAUGAAUCUCGUAGUCAUUUACAAAAGUUUCUUAAAUUUCAAGUUCUCGUGACUUGGUAAGAAAUCAAAGUAAGACUAAAAGCAACAACUGCCGCGUAAGACUAAAAGCGACAGCGUCGUAAGACAAAAAACAACAACAGCAACAACCUACGUAAGAUUUCGAACACAACAAUAGCAACAACAUACGUAAGGCGAAACACAACAAUGCAAGACCAUACAACUAAAAGUAGCACGUAGUUAAUUAGACAAAAGACCACAUUUCCCGUAAUUCCUGAGACGAAAGAUUACAAUCAGAAGUUCAAGGUGGAUAUCUCUCGGAACGAAUCAUCAACAUAAUUUCCAAAGAAAUAGAGCACUGCACAAAGAAAUCAAACGCAAUUCUUAAAGAAGUACUGUUCUGCACGACAUCACAUAAUGUUAAGAAGUUAUUAUUCCCUCGUCCUCACACUCACAGACAAGUAAUCAAAUUUGAUUACAGUUUUCGACUGGUGCAAAAGUAAAGAACCAAAUAGAAAUAAGUACAAUCUCGAUUCCAUUCUAUCCUACAACGAAAUAACGACCUCCACCUUGUUUCCUAUCCUAUCCUAAGUAUGUAGAAGGAAGAAGAUUUUUUAUCUUAUCCUAAGUAAGUAGAAGGAAGAAGAUUUAUCCUAUCGUAAGUAGAACGAAGAAGAUUUAUCCUAUCCUAAGUAGAAGGAAGUGAAGCUUCGGGAGAGGAUCAAGAUCAAACAAAAUGGCGGUAAAGCUUUCCGUUCCCGGAGGACAGCACCUGCUGUUCCUCUAUUUGGUCGCGGGCUUCUUCUUCGGCGGGACGCUCUUGUGCUAUGUUAUGGCUGGAGUCCUUUUCAUUUAUUGAAUACAAAAUACGUGGAGUUGGUAAGUUUAACUACGAAUACUCCUUGCUUCCUUGUUUCCCUAACUAGUGUCUAUAUCUAUAAGAAGUCGGCAGGGAAAUCUUACUAGGCAGACUGCCGAAUAGAUUCACGGCGUCAGGCGUAAUUAAUUAGAAAAUAGUAGGGAUAGAUAUCAUCUUUUCGCUCUUAUUUGUUUUUUUGGGUCAUUCUAAGGUCCAUCCGAUUCCUUGUUGGAGUCAGGUCACCAAGAUGGCUAUUUGUAGGUGUGCGCUUAUUUUCUUUCACCCGAAGGACCCACUACUUCGAAUGCAGCUUCGUAGUUUUUCUAGUACGAGCAAGCUCAUGCACUUAGCUCUUUUUACUUCUUGGAUAGUUCGUCGGACGAUGAGAUUUGGCCAUAGAUUAUCACAAGGAAGAAGAGUGCCCAUCUCCUUGGUCAUCCAAAGUGUUGGGCUGUUUUUCCUCAGAAAUCCUCACCCUGCUACUGCUUCUACCAGAACAGAUCACUUUAACAACAUUCUAGUAGUCAUCUUGUUAUCUUCUACUUUCCCGGUAUUAAAAAUAGCAGGUAGUAAAUAGGUCGUUAGUUAGUUCACCCUCCGACAAUAUUAGAUCCUUUUAUUUUUCAGGAUCUUCUCUCCUGGUAAUGGUAUUAGCUAGUGCAGGGUCACGGAUGAAAUCGUAGUUCACAGGGAAGGCUAGCAGCGUGGGUUGAGUAACUCGCCUACAAGCUGCAGCCUGUUUUUUUAGUAAAUUCAGAUAGUCCGCGUGUUUUUUUUACGUGGAUUCACUCCUACCGUUUUUUCCCAGAUAGUUUACAGUAUUAAUAACUGCCGAAGCAACUUAUUGAAAACCAAGAAGCAAAGCCAUCUUCUAAGAGAUAUUCAAGCCAAUUCUUUGGCAAGACCUAUCUUCUGAGAGAUUUUGUGAGCCUUUUGAUAGCAAUCUUUUGACACAGAUGAGAGAUUUUCUUCCUCUUCUUUUUCUUUUUUCAGCUGGAUCCAAUGCGCCUGGUGUCUUUUUUUGACGGACCCACUUCGCCCAGUGUCGUAUUCAAGUCGAUCCACUUCGCCCUGUGUCUCUUGUAGGUGCAUCCACAUCGCGUGUCUUAUUUAGGUAGACCCACUCCGCCGGGUGCAUUUUUUAGGCGGAUGGGUGUGGUCGCUUGGCGUCUUUCUUAGAUGCAUCCGCCCCGCCUGGUGUCUGUUUUAGGUGGAUCCAUUCCCCGCCCGGUGUCUUCUGUAGGUGCAUCCACUCCGCCUUUCUUUUCUACGCGCAUACUUCUAGCUUGGUGCCAGUUUUUUUUUGGUGUGUCCACUCCGCUUACCUUCCUUUGGUGGAUGUUCUAUUUUCGGUGGAUCCUUCCAAGCGGUCCCCCAUGUGUCAUUUUUAGGUGCAUCCACUCCGCCUGGCUUCCUUAGGUGGAUACUUUUAGGGCCAGGCGCAUCCACGCAGCCUGUCUUUCUUAGGUGGAUACUUUUAGGGGCAUCCACGCAGCCUGUCUUUCUUAGGUGGAUACUUUUUGGCGCAUCCACUCCGCCUGCCUUUCUUAAAGCGUGUUUUCAGGUGGAUACUUUUAGCGUUAGGUGGAUGCUUUCAGGUGGAUACUUUCUUCUAGGUGGAUGCCUUGUUCUAGAUGGAUAUUUCCAGGUGGAUAGAUACUUUUAGGUGGAUGUUUUGUUUUAUAGAUGGAUCUUUUUAGAUGGAUACCUUGGAAGGUACAUACAAGUCACUACAGCGUGGAUGGCGGGCCAGCACCUAAACUAGGCCUACCUCUAAAGGGUUAUACUUAGGAAUAUUUUUCGGCGGAUGUUUUAGAUGGAUGGCGUUUUUCGGUGGAUACUUUUCGGCGGACAUUUUUUUGUAGCUGGGUCCACUCCGCUUGUCUUUUUCAAGUAGGUGGAUACUUUUAGGUGGAUCUUCCACCCCGCUUGCUUUUUUUUGGUGGGUAUCGAUCCUGCGUGCCCUACUUCAUCCUACGUACUUAGGCUCUUUCAUCAGAUCGUGCCCUUCAUGUGCAUCGCCGUGCCCUUCAUCGAAAGUCUCCCAUGAAACGCCCUCCAUGGACCAUGCGUGAAGAGGUUGAACCACCAGGACUCACCUCAGGCGACCCCACUAACUCGGGAUAAUAGACCGUUUUGGGGAUCACAAGUAAGAAUAUUUGAACAGGGCCGGUCGAGGUGGGUCCUCUUUGAGUUGCACAACCUUGAGAACAGGCCGACACCGAAACCACGGAGCCUAGCCAGCUGCGAAGUUGGCUAGGUGGGAUUGUAGGCGCCUGCCUGAUGGUUCACUGACUUAUCAAAGUGCAAUUCCCGUUCAGUCUGGGCAAGUAGUUUUCAUGUAGCGAGCUAGAAAGCAGACUAAUUCCAGAGCACUGCUUUUCUCUCGUAAGUUGAAAGAUUUUGAGCGAUAUUGAACAGCUAGCUUUACUUAGUCAUCUGGAGGAGCUAACUAUCUACUCUACGUGUCGUCUAUCUGGAGCUAGCGUAGGUAUCCAUGAUUCAGUCCAUGUCUAGCUAAUGAUAUACAACUAUGCAUAAAGCUUUUCAUUCAAGAUAACGUCAAAAAGCUAUUCGACUAUCUCUAACGAUUGGCGCAUCGGACUGGGUAUCUCUUUCGAGACGCAAAACGACUAUUUUUAUGGUUGGCUUUUACUCAUCUCGCCAAAAUGGCAUCUUUACACCCUUCGUUCCACCUCUUCCCUUCAAAGGUGUGCGCGACUGACUAGUUUAUCUCGAUGCAGGGCAUGUGAAGUAAAACAACCUACAAAACCAUAAUUAUAAUGGCACAACAUCAGAAACAGGACCGUCGGCUUCGCGCUGUGUUGUCUUGGUUGUUGUUGGUAUUGCAAAGACAUAUAGAUGGGACCCGGGCGACCGGGAUGAAGUCUAGCACACUCUAAUAUCCAACGGGUGGCGGGCCGUUGGAGUCUUUCGAGGCCAGUUCUGGUCCUGAAGGUCCCUCUAUCACCCCAUGCGAAGCCGGAUGCAGCUUUUUGCAAGGUUCGUGUGCAUGUGGUAAGAAAACCGAGACGACGUCGACGGACACGACGGCUCCUGCGAAAACGACCGAGCCUGAGGCGGACGGGGGGACUCGUGCUGGUGCUGGCGAUGCUGCUAAAGCGGGACAGGGCAGUGGCCCAGCUGAACCUGAAAAAAAGUCGGCGCCUCCACCUGUAAGAAACUUAUCUUCUUGCUGGUAAAUGAUAAUUGUUGUUUGUGCCAUUUUUACCCGAUUUAGCUUACUUGGCUAAGUGGAUAGUGGGGUUAGCUUAGAAUUAGAGACCAGGCUACUAUGUAUCUUGCUUCUGCAUAGUAGGCAAUCGUCGACACUAGACUCAGCAGCAGGGGUAGUUCUUUACUUUACCUUCAAUCUAGUCCAGCCGACAAGUAUUGUACCUAUAGUAGUAGUCGUUCUGGUUGUUGUUCAUCAUGCGUUUUUCUUUCACGGGGCGAAUGGCUUGCUACAGCUAUCAUCUUGAGUGGGCUUGGGUCAAUUAUUUUGCGCGGGCUUGGGUUCCGGUUCGUGGAGUCGCGUCGCCCGUGGUCUGUAGUUCACUCACUCACACACUCUGUAGGAAAAUCGUAGGCCACUAGUGAGGACGCACUAGCGGCCUACGAUUUGCCUCCGAAGUUCGUCGCAAAUCACUCACGGUAGUAGAGCUCCAACUUGGGUUCGAUUAUCUUGAGGGGCUUGCAAGCAUGUGGGCAACGACGUAGGCAAACUGUAAACCACCGGCGCCCCGCAAUUGAUGUCGAUGAUUUUUGAAGGAGUAUGCCCUUUCAGCGUUUUCACGCCGUAAAGGCGCAUGACCUUGCUAACUUUGACCAUUUUGCCCUAGUUCUGUAGGGUUUUCGUUGCUUUUGAUCAGAAAAGUGCGACCAUUAAAAAUCGCUUUCUUCUCAUCUAUCUAUGAUGGUGAUGGCGAUGAGCGUGGUAUGCUGACUGGCUGAGAGUUUAGUUUGGUUGGGAUGGUGAGGGCGCACCGCUAAGUGACGUAGGCUCUUCCGGUUACACUUCUAAGUGACGUAGGCUCUUCUGGUUGCUCCCUUGCUUCUGUGCCGGGAGACUUACCUCCUGACGACUUCUACAACUACUACUAGACUGCACAUCAGGGGGGGGGCGUGCGUCUAUCAUCAUCAUCUUUGUCACCACGUCCAUUUUUAGAUAGAUGUUCAUGCUGCGUGCCGUGUUAUAAAUUCGUCCGAUUUUGUUCUAGUUCCAACGAUCGGGUCUCAGACUUUUAGCGUUUUUACCCAUUUUGAUCGGCUUGGGGCCUUGGCGUUUGCACUGUUAUCAUUUUUUUCGGAUUUCUCAAGUCAAGCCUAUAUCUCUUCGAACCCAUGUGAACAGUGCAAUGCUUUGAACCCAUUCAAAGAAUGCCACAGCCACAGGGAGCCCUUUCAAAUAAUUCUUCCAGAGACAGAGCGAUUCGCAAUUCCCUGAGCCCAUACACCUUGGCGUGCAUAUCUUCACUAGCCACUAAUAGAUCAGGGCAUUACGCCUUCAAUGCUUUACAGGGUUGAUAAGUAACGUAGAUGCCUUAGCUCAGUUGGCUGAGCGCUUUUGAGGUAGAGUUUUCGAGGUCGCGGCGUCAUGGUUCUGCUUAGUUUCCCACUGCGCUCUUUAGAUAGUACACUUCUCGCGGGCAGCCUGCUCACUGCCGUUACCUCAGAACUUUUGGUUACCUCUGCUCUCCAACAAGGCGGCCCACCUGUUUUAGUAGGGGGGCCUUUUUCUCUUUCCGUUUUGUUGUGCAGAGGUUUAUCCGUGGGGGGUAUUGCUCUUUCAAUUUCCUAGCAAGUGCGCGCCUCGGAUCACGGCGGCGCCGCUCUCGGAGUGAGGUGGCCUCAAGCCGAUGGAUGUUUGCUAGGGGGAGGGGCAACUAGGCGCGUGACGUGGAGGCAAAUUCAAGAGUGCGGAUCGCUGUAGAGGGUGCCCGCCGUGGUGGUCUUGGCGGGUGCCUUGCUUAGCUCUGGCGCUAGCCCUAACCCGUGCCAGGGCUCCCGCUCUAAUGACGCCACCAGCACUGCCCCGUUUCUCUUCAGGUGGAAAUACUCUGAGGGAUUGGCGGGCGCAUUUUCCCGCUUUGCUGCGACCCCAUUCCAGGCGGCGUUCCCUUGUACCGCUAAGGCACUCAGUCGAUCGCUGGCUGAAAGAGUAACCGAAGCUGCCCGCCUUGCUUCCUCACACAAAAAUAAACAGGAGGCGGAAUCUUUUUCCCCUUCUCGAAAGGGUGGCCCAAGUCUGUCAGCGUGUGCCCAAACUAACUGCUCGAGAGACUAUGUUGGAGCCUGUGCUCGUGGUCGCUUCUUGUUUAGCCCUGACCCAGCGUGCGUGCAUCUUUGCGGGGCUCCGUGGCUCAUCCUCGGACGGCAGCCCGCCCGGCUGAAUGAUGGACGACGACCAACGCCAGGGGCCGUUUUUCGGUCACAAUUCGUGAGGAGGGUACCUGGGGGCCCGUGGUGUCGGGCAUGAGCUUGCUCCGAAUCCGAUUGAGGUAGAAAAGGGCUGGCCCAUUUGCGAACCAGGGUGGAGUAAGUAGUUGAACUCUUUAGACAGCGGGGUAGGCCUUGGGACGACUCUCCAGCGCCUCCUCGGCCAGGCGUGGCUUGCUCGACGUGCGUUGGGAGUGCGUUGCGCGUCAUCGUGGGCAGGGUGGGCGCGCAGCUGGUAUAGAAGCGAAGUGGCGGCGCGCGUUGCUCGCUGAGUGGGUGCUUCCACGUGUCAUCCGUGAGCCCGUGCGCCUGCUCUUUGCUCGUUUGCUGGUGAGUGUCAAGGCAGUGCCAUCGAGAGCCCAGCGCGCUCCCCCUCGUUCUUUGGUUUGGCGGAUGUCUUUUUACUGGCUGCCCAGUCCAGAGGGGUCAUUUCGUGUAUGACUUCUUUGUUAGUUUUCUGUGUCUGCUGACUUUAUUAAUUAAAGGAGCUCCUCAUCCUCGGAGCUGAGCUAGGAGGCCGGGGGAGCUCGUUGCGAGGGGCCCCAAAACUAACUUACUUUAACCUUUCACUUCGGUCUCUUGUUUGAUUAUAUCAUCUUCCCCAUAGCUAGGCGGUGGCAGUAGUUCGAACGGUAGCUGACGGCCUUAAACCACCACCCUUCCAGGAACAAAAGGCAGACGAGGCUAGCAAGGUGAAGUCGGAGAUUUUGGCGGACUCGAAGAGUUCCGCCAAGGCAACGGUCGUUUUUCUUGUGGCUGGCAUGAAAAGCGAAGAGGAGCUGAAGAAACCGGAGGAGCAGAACGAAGCCGCGAAAUCUAACGCUAAAAUCAUGGACGCCUUGAUUGAGAAGUCAGCAGCGAUGGCUCAGACGGGGAACUACAUGUUUGUCACUGGAGGCGCCAGUCAUUGGCAGCGCCAUUUUGCUGCAGGUAUGAGCAAGGCGGGGGCCGCAACGUACAACUUUGCCGGCAAAGAUGGUGGUGGCGCUAUAGGCUUCAUUGGUUCCACACCAUUCGAGAACCAGCCUGCCGCAUUUCCCUCCGCUGAGGAAGAGCCCGAGAGUACCUAUAUGAAGAAGCUCUUAGUGCUUAUGGCCAGACGUUCCUCAUUCAUACCAUACUCGAAGGCGUUGUGCUAUGGAAGGUGUCACAGCUGAGACUGAAGCUGCAAACUUCUUUUACUGGACAAAGCUGCUCCUCGUUUUCAGUUUCCGGUCUUUAAGACCGACUUACUCUUAGUUCGUUUCUGAAUGGCGCAAGCGUGAGACUUCGGGUAUUGCUAUGAGUAGUGAUUUUUUUUUCAUAGGGGAAACAAGUGAGGAGCGUGGCAAGAAAUUGCUUACCGCACUGGUCGCGGAUGUAUAUAUCGUCUUCAAAGGCGGCGGCGCAGCUCCAGCAGAAGUUACUCCUGCGCAUGAAAGAGGAGCAUUGGUCGUGCCGGUGCUUUUUUCUGGAAAUAAGAGCAGCCCAGAUUCACAGGCCCCCACCCUCCCUGCGGACACAUACAGCAACGCAAAAGAGUGGCAGAAAUACGAUUUGUGCGUCCCCGACAAAGCGGAGCCGAAGGCGAUCGCCGAUGCUGUUUGGGGUCAAAUCGAAGAGAGGAGGGUAUAGACUUUUUCCGUCGAUAGUUUUGCCGAGUCUUUUGCCUCUCAGCUGAACGUGAUAGUUCACAGGCGGUCGUCGUGCUUCAGGUUUCUACCUUGUUGUAGCUAUCUGAGAUUGUGAUUGUGUAGUGCUUAUCGUUAUGAUAUAUAUCAGCAUGUUCAAUCACGCGCCGUGCAUCUUCGCGUCCAGUAUUGAAAUUAGUGGAUGAAGUUUUUUGCAUCCUUACCCUGAUCACCUAGGCCCCCCCUUUUUUCCUUGGAGGCCAAUACGGUGAAGGGGGGGCCUCAAUGGUCUGACAGAUCUUUUUAUGUGCAGCAAUUUCGAGAAGAUUGCUUUGAUCACAGUGCCGAGCUGGUACUGGGAUCAUUUUUUCCAUUUCGUGUGCGUAAGGGCUUUCCGGGUCGUAAGUUCCUUCCAGCUGCCCCCCUGCGUGCUUCCGUAAUUCAGGACCGGGCCUUCGACUAUUGCCCCUGCCACUACACAUCAGAAAAAGCAUGCAUCUAUGCUUCGUUGCCGCGUCCAUAGCUAGACGCGACACGCCGUGAUGCGUUGGCCCUGAUCUUGUUGGAGUAUGCUGUCCGCACUUCUAGCGCAUUUCCAAUGGCUUGGGCCUUCAGCGUUUCUAUGAUUCCAGCUUUUUCAGAAUUUUCAAGUCAAGAAUAGGGUCCUUCGCAUCCGUGCAAGGGGCGCAGUGCUUUGAAUCCAUUGAUUCAAACAAGCCCACGGAGAAUCCAUUCUAAGAAUUCUUCCACUGCAAGUGAGUCUUUGAGCCCAUACACCUUGACGCGCGCAGCUACUGAGAGUCGGCCCGCCUUUGGUUCUUUAACUGGUUGGAGCCUUGGAGGUAUAAGCAACGCCGAGGACGCCACCUUACUCGAGCGUUUUUGCGGUAGUGUUUUCGAGGUCGCAGCACCAUCGUUCCGCGUAGUGCUGGGUGUGGCUCCCCACUGGUCCCUGUAGAUAGUACCCUUGUUGUGUCGUGAGCCGUUCACCCUCUCAGCGUGUUCGUGGCCGUUUUUUCAGAAUUUUUGGCUGCCUCUCCAAUGUAUGUUGGGGACUGUACAUGGCGGCCGGCUGGUUUUAGUAGGAGGGCUUUUUCCUUUUUUCGUUUUGUUGUCCGGGGGCUUUUCCGUCGAGGGUCUGUUCCUAUCAUUAUCUGAGCAACAAGUGCGCGCUUCGGAUCACGGCGACGCCGCUCUCGGAGUGUGGUGGCCUCAAGUCGAUAGACGUUUGUUAGGGGGAGGAGCAACUAGGCGUGUGACAUGGAGGCACAUCAAAGAGUGCGGAUCGCUGUGGAGGGUGCCCGCCGUGGUGGUUUCGGCGGGUGCCUUAGCUUUGGCGCUAACCCGUGCCAGGGCUCCCGCUCUAAUCAAUGACGUCAUGACCCCGCGGCCCUUCAAGUGUGAGUACUCUGCGGGAUCGGCGGGCACAUUUGGCCACACUGCGGCGACCCCUCCAGACGGCGUUCUGUCAAGGCACUCGGCCAAUUUGCCACCCAAAAGGGUACUCAAUUGCAGCUGCCCCCUUGCUUCCUUACACAAGAACGGGAGGUGGAAUCUUUUUUCUCCACUCGGAAGGGUGCACCAAGUUCCUUGGCGUGUGCACACGCUGACUGCUCGGGGGAGCAUUGGGGAGCUUGUGCUUGUGGCUUCUUGUUUAGCCGCGGCCCAGCGUGCAUCAAUCUUGGCGGGCUCAGGGGUUGUUUUCUGGUCAUUUCGUAAGACGUUGGGGUCCAGAGGGGGUCGUGGUAUCGGGCUGAGGGCUUGCUUCGAAUUCCAUCAAGUAAGAAAAGGGCUGGCCCAGUUGCGAGCCAGAGUGGCGCAAGGAAGUAGUUCGCCGAACCUUUUAGACCGCGGGGGAGGGCUUGGGACUCUCCGGCGCCUCCUCGGCCAGGGGUGCUUGAAGUGCGUGGGGAGUGGGUUGCGCGUCAUCGUGGGCAGGCUGGGCGCGCAGCUGGUAAGCAUUCAGACGGCUAAAUGGGGGCGCGCGCUUCGUGUCAUCCUCAUCCAUUGGCUUGCGCGCUUGCUCUUUAGUCGAUUGCUGGCGAGUGUCAAGGCAGUGCCAUCGAGGGGUCAGCGCGCCCCCCCCCUCGUGUGUUAAUUUGUCUGACGGAUUUUUUGGCUUUCAGUUGCUGCCCAGGCCAGGGAGAUAAUACCGUGCGUGACCUACUUUCUGCUGACUCUUAUUCAGGGUGCCCAUGAUCCUCGAAGAUUUUUUUUUUUUUUGGAUCCCGGGGCUACUGAAGGAGCGGCCCCAGCUUUAUCCGGUUCGCAAACCGGCGGCGGGUGGAGUCCGGUUACCUCCUUAUAUAUAAUACUGUGCACUAAUUGCCUACGAACCCGCCGAUUCUAAAAUGAUGAACUUUAGGGGUAAAGAAGGCGGAUUAAGCGUCUUAUAUUAUAAACCUCCACCGGCUGCCAACCGUCCCGCCCUUAUAUGCCUACCGUCAAGGCACGGGCGCAGGGGAUGCCAACCCUGCUAACUCUUGACUAAUGGCUGCGCAAUCAACUGCCAAGUCAGUGAAUACAUAAAAAUAAAUGCCUACUGGCGUAAGGCCUUAAGUACAAGUACAGCACGUUUUUCAUUGUUGAGGGAACACUAACCUAGAUUUUCUUAUCUUCACUGCUUCGCGCUCCCUCCUUCGCCCCGUGCACCAUCCUCAACCGCGUCCCGCUUCCGCAAUCGCCAUAAAAUAACCAAAAAGAAAAACAGAAACCGGAGGGCUUACUCCAACCAAAGGGGCUACCCUAUGCUUGAGAGCCACAGCUCUGUCAAGAGCGGGCGGGAGAUAAAAGGAUCGGCGAAGGAGAGCGAUGGGACGCUCUCCCCCUUUUAAAUUACUUUGCGAAUCAAUAAGGUCUGCGGCCUUCCUUUCCUAUUCUUCCAUCCUUCUUCUUUUUAUCCGUAAUUAAACAAGUCCGCGUCUCUCGCCUCACACAUAACAGAAUUGGAGAACACUCCAGCCCCAAUCAGUUUCCAAAAGGUGACUGGCGGGCCACCAAAAUGCUUAAAAGUCAUCCAGGUAGGUGCGUGGCAUUUAUGCAUUUCGGUUGCACUCGACUCUCAGCAGAUCUUUUGUUUUUUUUUGUAUCCCAAGAGCUAAGUGCGCCUGGGUUUUUUUUUGGAUCCCGGGGCUACUAGGAUGAGCUAGGAGGCCGGGAGAGCUCGGUGUGAAGGAUCCCGGACCGAGCCUAGCCUCAGCUUUCCGUCUCCCGUGUGAAUUGAUUAUAUGACCUUCCCGAUGAGGAGGCGGUGGUAGUCAAGUUUGAAAAUUUUUUGACUGCUUUUCCGGAUCAGGUUCAGGCCAAAGAGAUACGGAAGAUUAUUUUGGAAGGCUCGGAGGAUCCCGCCAAAACAAAGAUCGUCUUUCUUGUGGCUGGCAUGAAAAGCAAGGAGGAGCUGGAGGAACCGCAGGAGCAGAACGAAGCCGCGAAAUCUAAUGCUAAAAUCAUGAACGCCUUGAUUGAGAAGGCAGCAGAGAUGGCAGAUACGGGAAAUUACAGGUUUGUCACUGGAGGCGUAAGUCAUUGGCAGCAUGUGUUUGCUAAGGGUAUGAGCGGGCGGAAGCAGACGACGUACAACUUUGCCGGCAAAGAUGGUGGUGGCGCUAUAGGCUUUAUUGGUUCCACACCAUUCGAGAACCAGCCUGCCGCAUUUCCCUCCGCUGAGGAAGAGCCCGAGAGUACCUAUAUGAAGAAGCUCUUAGUGCUUAUGGCCAGACGUUCCUCAUUCAUACCAUACUCGAAGGCGUUGUGCUAUGGAAGGUGUCACAGCUGAGACUGAAGCUGCAAACUUCUUUUACUGGACAAAGCUGCUCCUCGUUUUCAGUUUCCGGUCUUAGUUUCUGAAAGGCGCAAGCGUGCGGCUUCGGGUAUGGUUAUGAGUGAUGAUUUUUCUUUCAUAGGGGAAGCUAAGCAUGCUGACAAGGAAUUGCUUACCGCGCUGGUCGCGGAUGCCUAUGUGGUCUUCAAAGGCGGCAACGCAGCUCCGAAAGAAGUCAUUCCCGCGCAUAAAAAAGGAGCAUUAGUCGUGCCGGUGCUUUGCUCUGGGGGUUCCAGCAAGCCAGGGGGGGCCCUGCUUGAGGACAUAUACAACAACGCAAAAACUUGGCAGGAACAGGAUGAGGAUUUGUGCGCUUCUGGCAAAGAGGAUCCGAAGGCGAUUGCCGAUGCUGUUUGGGGUCAAAUUGCGGGGAACAUGGUAUAGAUUUAGCCCAUCUAUACAUAGUUUUGCCGAGUUUUUAUGUUCGUGUCAUGUUUCUUUGCAGCUUACCGGCCUCGCCGGUGUCAGGCCAUUCACACAAAAUCCUUGCUAGUUGACCCCAGGCAGGUAUCCUCAGUCGCUCACUCUUUGCUUGUAAGGUGCUUGCCUGUAAGCAAGCGCCUUUUAAGCUUUGCUGCAGUAUGAUAAAUCUUGGACCUUUCGCUGCGUGAGUUUUGGUUUUGUCGAAGUAACUCCAGUCCAGCCGCCCACUAUUGGGGUAGCUACUAGUAAGUGCAGGCGUCUAGGCAUUUUUUAAGAAUAUCGCGGCACUAUCAUGAUCACCACCUUGCUUUAUAGAGCAGAGAGGUUUUUCUUUGAAAAGGCUUCCUGUAGGAGGAUGGAAAUUUUCCAUGGGAGUAAUCAUACGGACCCCGCGCCAUGGGAGUUUGGUCAUCUACUCUAGCUUGUGCCAUGGGAGUGGGGCCAUCUAGAAGUGUUGCACUCGUUAGUAAAUAGGGGGUGGAAUACGUGGCAUCGCACGGCGUUCGAUUUCCCUGUAUCAGCGUGCCGCAGAGUCCUUUCUGUUUUUAGGGUUGUUGCUUCGUUCUUUUUUUGCGGUUGGUUUUAGAGGCACUCGGCCGAUAGCUGGCCAAAAGAGUAAACGAAGCUGCCCCCCCUGCCUAAUUACACAAACUAAGCAACAGGGAGCGAAGCCUUUCUUCCCUUUUCGAAAGGGCGCCCAAAGUCAGUGUGGGCAGUGUCAGCGUGUGCCCACACUGACUGACUGCUCGAGGGAGAGACCAGUGGGGGGCCUCUGUUCGUGCUUGCUUCUUGUUUAGCCCUGGCCCCGCGUGCUUCUUUUUCUUCUCGGUGCUCGGUGGCUCGUCCUCGGACGGCAGUCCGCCCGGGCCACCCGGGCCGAAUGGUGGACGACGAUCCAGGCCAGGGGCCGUUUUUCGGUCACUACGUGGGAAGCGGGGGUUCGUGGCGCCACGCAUAUCGCUUGCCUCGGAUUCAAUCAAGGUAGGAAGGGACUGGCCCAUUUGCAGCAAACCACGGUGGGGCAACCAAGGAAUUGGCAACGUGGGGCUUGGUGGGUUUCUGGGACUUGGUGGCACCGUGUGUCGCCCUCUGCCUUGGGCGCUAGUGGUUGUCCUUCCGCUCGGUGGAUUAGUUAUGAUUUUAGCAUGUUUGCUGCAUGUAUGUGCGGCAGUUCCACAAAUCCACAGCUAGCUGGCGGACCGCCUGGGAGCCCGGGUUGGUUGGCUUCUGCGUAUUGUAGGUCAUUGCAAAUGUCACUUUCAUUUGCGUCUGAAAUUUUGAUCGGUUUAAAACAACGUUUUUCAGAAUCCUCUCUCUGUUGGUUUUUAGCUUGUUCGCAUACACCACUUCUUUGCAGAACCCAUAUUUUUUUUUUGGAGUUGUAUGUGCAAAGUGAAAGAAAGGCAGAGGCGCCUGGUGUCGAAUGAUCCACCCGGGGUUCGGCUAGCCUUGAAGAUGCCUCCUUUGUUGGGUGGGUAGGUAAAUCAUGGUUCUGGAAUUUUGUGACCUGAUUUUGAUCACAAGGGAAAGCAAGGAGAGAGCCCUUGAGAAUAAAACUCUGCUACCGAAUAGAUGCCCGAGCAGUACAGUUGGAUGAGCAGCAAAUCCCAAAGGAUUAGCUUUGACGGAAGAGGCGGGUCCAUGUUGCUGUGUCGUGUGAUGGUCGUCGUGUCUGCAAGGCUUGCUUCGCCUCGUCGUCCACCAAUGUGAGGCAGCGGGUGCGCUGUAGGGGCCCUUGGGACAAAGUUUUUGUGCCCCUACGCAUACAAUGGCAUUCUGCACUUCCAAGCACCGGCUUCGGACCAUUCGAUAGCACUCCGACGGCAGUUCUAUUUCUAGUACUUCCUGCCUUUUUUUUUGUUUGGCUCUGUUGUAGCCUUAAUCUUGCUAGGCCCCUCCGCUGCCCGGCCAUUUUUCUCUCUUCACAUAGCAAGUCACAGGUGGGAGCGCCAUGAUCAAGAACGGGGUAAAUAGUCUUCAUACUCUUGUAUGUCGUGGUAGCCCGUCGCCCUGCUUUUGCGAAGAUAUUAUAGCAAGAAUAGGCACAUGCCCGUCUAGAGCAGAUGAUGAAUGCUGGGGCAGCGGUAUGUGUCUUCCAAAUAUUUGUGUCGACUGUGUGAGAAUAUGUAUGUCUAUUCAUGUAUUGUAGCACGAUCUAUGUAGAGUGGGCAACAGCAACCUAUCCUAUCUUAUAUUAUCUUAUCCUAUUGUAGGAGGAGGAGCAGCUAGCAUUGAAAUUCUGGAAGAAGCACAAGACGGAAGGCCGCGUCGUUAUCGCUGUUUUGGGAGGCAAUUUCACUCCACAGCAGUUCGACAGCGAGGGUAAGGAAAAGAACUUUCUGGAGAAAGUGGUUCCUGCUGUGGCAGGGAAGUUGGCCAAUCAAAUGGGGGACAAAGUUGUCUUCGUGACAGGUGGCGCAUCCGACACGCAAAGGCUUUUCGGCGAAGGCGUCGCGAAGGCAAAGCCAGAAGCGCGCCUGUACAAUCUCAAAGGCGAGCCUGUCACAUGCAAAGCUGCUCCCUUGGAGGGAGACUGGAAAGGGAAUACAUGGGGCGUUCCCUAUCCUCACAAUGACCCGAAAGAUAGUCGGAAGGCCAAGCUCACGGGCCUACUUGGUGACGUUGUCAUCACGAUUUCUGGUCGCGAAGCGGUGGUGAAGGAGGCAAAUUUUGCUCUGAAUAAUGACGCAAAACUCGUACCAUUAACGGCCACUGGCGGUUUUACCAAGGACAAGGUUCGGAAGGGCGACUUUGGUGCGUCGCCUAAACUCUGGACCGAUUUAGAGUGGGAAAAUUCGCGAGAAGAGUUUACGGAUGACACAAAGGUGGGUGGUUACACAGAGAACGUGAGUACCGUUGUCGGGCUCGCUGUCGAUGCCGCGAAACGUUCGGUAAAAUUAAUUAUUAGUAUUGAGUCGCCUGCUGACUCAGAGACUCGGCUGAAGUCCUCUCUACAUUCUUACUUCUUCGAAAUACUGACCUUAGAAAGUCCUAGGUUCAUCUUUUUAUGAUUAGUAUUGAGUCACCUUCUUGUUCGUUAUAGACGAUUUCUGAGGGAGGAACAGCUUGUGGCUGAAAGCUUUGAGGCUGAGGGCCAAGCGCCUGGCGUGAGGGGUCGUUUUUGUCCGGUUUUGCCGACGGUUCGUUUUUGGUAUUCAUACAGAGUCGCUCACUCUGAUGGUGCGCAUGUCACUGCCUGGCAAUAUCGGGUGACCGACUCUUUCUGCCCCUGAUGUCUCAUGUGGUUGGCCCCGGUCUGUGUUGUGAGAGCCUCCGUUCCCGCUGCCGUCUUCAGGCGAGCUGUUGAAGCCCCCGAAUAGAUUCCGGAGGGCCUUCCUACAGCUCCUUAGGCUCAUUCGGGUUCUUCCCUCAUGCUCAUCGCGUGGUCGGGGAGGACGCGAACCGAAAGAGUUGCUGCAUUUCAGUUGGUCUUGGACUUUUUCGUCUAACCCGUGCGUCAUGUCUAACAUUACAAAGAAGUAAGUAAUUAUGAGUUGGCAGCUUGUUUGCGUCAACAUACUUAAGUAAUUAUAAAUGCAACGUUUUCCAUUUUAGAGGCUGUCUUAAGAGUAGUACUUAGGCUAGGUAUAGUAUUUGUGUUUGUGGAAGUCGAAGUGAGCGAAGUCCGAUGUGUAACCUCGUCUUUCAAGAACGCGCGCCACUCAGGGGGUUUUAUAGUUGUGUCUCGGGUGUCCAGUAAGGUCCGGGCGCGCCAGUGGAUUUGUUCCUCCCAGCCCCAUGCACCGGCUUCUUUUUCCUCGGUGCGUUUUAUGUGCUGCUAUAUUGUAGAUACUACGGUUUGCAGCUACUUGUUGCUUCUUUUCGCUUCCUUGCGUGCAUUCUGUCUUGUAUGUAACAUAUCGUCGCUUGUUGGAAUUGCAUGGUUAUUUCUAUAAUCUACAGGUGGACGAUCAAGCGAAGAAGCUCCGAGAAAGCCUCAAGAAGGAAGGGACGGGAGAUCGUGUGAUUGUCACUGUCCUGGGAGGUGGUUUUCCCCGUAAGGACGAAAAAGUAACGGACCAAGACGCCGAAGACAAACGCGUGACGGAGGAGACGGAGUUCUUGAAGAACGUGGUUCCUUUGCUGGCAAAAAAGCUGGAGGAACUGGGCAAAGACAAGAACGUGGUCUACGUCACGGGAGGCGUGUCACCCACUCAGAAGCUCUUCGCCGAGCACGCUGCCGCCGUGGUCCACAAUCUGAAAGGCAACAAUGUCCCCGCGCUUGAUGGUUGGAAAGGACAGCCGCUGGAUGUGCCUUAUUUUCAAAAGGGCGAUCCACGAAAGGACCGACUCACUGGCCUGCUCGGUGAGGUUGUAAUUACUAUUGCAGGCGGCGCGGGGGUGGCAAAGGAAGCAGCUAUCGCUCGUGAAGGUGGCGGGAUUGUCAUUCCGCUGAAAGCCACCGGUGGAGUGAGUGAGAAUCUGCAAGACACGAAGCCGGCCUCCAUGAGCCAGGGGUCUUGGGAUGAUUUAAACCUCGCAGGAGGCACGGAUCGUUCUGACGAGACGGUGCAAAAAGAGUACGCGGAAAAGGCAGCAAACGUCAUCCUCGCUGCUGUAGACCACGUCAAGAACAAUCCAAAAUCCGCUGCUGCUGAUGAUGCCCCCACGGCGUAA